AUGCUGAACUCCCACCAGACGACGAUUCUGGUGGGAGAGACGGGCAGCGGAAAGACCACGCAGAUCCCGCAGUUCAUAUGUGAGGCCGGCUACACGCGUGACCGCAGGAAGAUCGCCUGCACCCAACCGCGGCGUGUGGCUGCGAUGUCCGUUGCUCGGCGUGUGGCGGACGAGAUGGACGUGGACUUGGGGGAGGAGGUUGGCUACUCCAUUCGAUUUGAGGAGUGCUCAGGACCGAAAACAGUCAUCAAAUUUUUGACCGACGGAAUGCUGUUGCGGGAGGCAAUGAGCGACCCCCUGCUGGAGAAAUAUAGUGUCAUCAUUCUGGACGAAGCCCAUGAGCGCACAUUGGCGACAGACGUCCUGUUUGGCCUGAUCAAAGAGGUGCUCAAGCAGCGGGCUGACCUGCAUCUCGUGGUUAUGAGUGCCACACUCGAGGCAGAGAAGUUCCAAGGCUACUUCAGGGAUGCUCCCCUCAUGAAGGUCCCUGGCCGUCUGCACCCUGUGGAAAUCUUCUACACGCAGGACCCAGAGGCAGACUACUUGGAAGCUGCAAUCAGAACUGUUGUGCAGAUACACGUCUGCGAGCCACCUGGCGAUGUGCUGCUGUUCCUGACUGGAGAGGAGGAGAUCGAGGAUGCCUGCAAGAAGAUAAACAAGGAAAUUGGGCAGAUGGACAACAAGGUUGGGCCUGUCAAAGUGCUUCCCCUGUACUCCACAUUGCCACCCCAGCAGCAGCAGAGGAUUUUUGAAAAUGCACCGCCCCCUAUUAAAGAAGGCGGACCACCUGGGAGGAAAAUAGUUGUCGCAACAAACAUCGCAGAGACGUCGCUGACGAUCGACGGAAUUGUGUAUGUGAUCGACCCCGGCUUUGCAAAACAGAAGGUGUACAAUCCCCGCAUCAGGGUGGAGUCACUGCUAGUGUCUCCCAUUUCCAGGGCUUCCGCCCACCAGAGAGCAGGCCGUGCAGGUCGAACACAACCUGGCAAGUGCUUCAGGCUCUACACUGAAAAGUCCUUCAAGAAUGACCUGCAGGAGCAGACGUAUCCAGAGAUCUUGCGAUCGAACCUUGGGUCGGUGGUGCUGCAGCUGAAGAAACUGGGGAUCGACGAUCUCGUUCAUUUCGAUUUCAUGGAUCCCCCUGCUCCUGAGACACUCAUGCGAGCCCUGGAGCUGCUCAACUACCUGGGGGCAAUCGAUGACGAUGGCAAUUUGACAGAGGUGGGCAACAUCAUGGCUGAAUUCCCAUUGGACCCUCAACUGGCCAAGAUGCUGGUGGCUUCCCCAGAGUUCAAGUGCUCCAAUGAGAUUCUGAUCAUUGCUGCGAUGCUGUCCUCCCCAAACUGCUUCCUGCGCCCAAGGGAUGCGAUGAAAGCUGCCGAUGAGGCCAAGGCACGCUUUGUCCAUGUUGAUGGUGACCACCUGACACUGCUGCAAGUGUUCAACAAGUGGAAGCAGCAUGCGGACGAAAAGGACUGGUGCUAUGACAACUUCCUGAACUUCAGGUCCCUCAAGUCUGCUGACAACGUUCGAACCCAGCUGAUGCGAAUCUGCCAACGCCUGGGCGUCAGGAUGCUUUCCACUGAUCCAGAAUCCAAGGACUACUAUGUCAACAUUCGAAAGGCCGUCGUCUGUGGAUUCUUCAUGCAAGUCGCUCACCUUGAGAGAUCUGGCCACUACCUCACAGUGAAAGACAACCAGAUGGUGUACCUUCAUCCAUCGGCAUGCCUGGACCAGAAGCCUGAAUGGGUGGUGUACCAGGAGUUUGUGCUGACGACUCGAAACUACAUCCGCACGGUCACAGACAUCAAGGGCGAGUGGCUCAUAGACAUAUCCCCUCAUUACUACGACGUGUCGAACUUCCCGAACGGGGAUGCAAGGCGCGCCCUGGAGCGCCUGUAUGCAAAAAGGGAGCGCGACAGGAGCGGAAAGUUCUGA